CGCAGAACAGCUCGGUCUCGGUGCUGCUACUGCUGUUGCUGCGGGAGCCGGGCUGGGCUGGGCUGCAGCUGUUGGUGCCCAUCUACUCGGACUCUGGGCUCGGCCGAGCUCAGUUUCGCUAUUCGUGUCUCGCGGGCAGGACUAGCCACGAAGCAGAGGAGCAAGCAAGCAAGCAAGCAAGGAAGGAAGGAAGGGAAGGGAAGGGAGGAAGUAGAAGUCGUGCGAGAGACGAAGCGAAGGGAGGGAAGGAAGGAAAGAAGGAAGGAGGAGGAAGGAUGGUCGAUCCACUCUUCCUCUGCCGGUGCAAGCGUUGGCUAGCCGAGGUCCGGCUUGCGUUCUCGGGCUGGCAUUGGAGCCAGGAAUUGUGCUAGUUUCUGCCAGUUGACGCGCAUUGCAUUCUGCUCUCUCGUGCUUCCCGUCGCUCGCUCGCUCGCCCGCUAGCUUCUGUAGUUCGUCUCUCGUGUCAUCGACUCGACUGCCUGUCUGAUUCUUGAGUCGAGUGUCAGUUCUUCGUAGACUACCAUCAAUUGAGUGUCGAGAUUUUCGUCGCUCGUGCUCGAUACAUUAUCACUCCCAGCACCGACCGACCGCUUGUCGCAAAGGGCUUGGUUCUCGACAGUCAAGCUUCGUGCACUGCAAUUGCAAACGGAUCUGGGCGCUCGAAGCGUUUGCGCGCUCGCUUCCAAUGCCUGUCGAGUCUUGGCGUGUGAAGCUGGUGGAGAGUCACUCGAAUGACUGAUACGAGGUCAGGCUCCUGUAAGCCCUCGACGCGAACUUUUUUCCCCUGAAUCUCGGCCAGCCAAGCUGGCUCCGCUCUCCCCUCAAGGCCCACGCCCCCGUGAAGUUUUGGCAAGCUCGUCAAUUUUCGCAGGACUCAGAGCCGAGUCGCGAGGAUGGGAAAGAAAGGAAAGUGGUUCAACGCGGUGAAGAAGGCAUUCCGUUCGCCCUCCAAGGAAACCGACAAGAGCGCACCGCCGCGCGAGUCCGAGAACACCGAACUCGUCAAUGGAGAUCACAAGAAGCCGCCGAAGGAGAAGCGGAGGUGGAGUUUCGGCAAGCAGAAUUCGCAAGUGUACGGCGGAGGCGGAGGCGGAGGCGGAAAGGAGUACCAGCCUCUGAACGACAAAUUGACGCAGCAUGAAGAACAGCAGAACCAGCGAGCAAUUGCCGUCGCCGCUGCCACUUCCGCGGCAGCCGAUGCAGCUGUGGCCGCUGCUCACGCGGCGGCCGCCGUGGUGCGCCUCACUGGCGUGCACGGCGUCCGCCACUACUACUACGGCGACGAAUCCAGAGAGGAGUGGGCUGCCAUACGAAUUCAGACCGCUUUCCGCGGCUACCUGGCUCGACGCGCUCUGCGUGCGCUUCGAGGUCUGGUGAGGCUGCAGGCUCUGGUGCGUGGGCAUACAGUCCGACGCCAGGCGACCAUCACCUUGCGUUGCAUGCAAGCGCUCGUCCGAGUCCAAGCCCGAGUGCGAGCGAGGCGCGUGCGCAUGUCGGAGGAGGGUCAAGCUGUGCAGCGGCAGAUAUGGCAACGACGUCAGGAUCCUGCCAACAGCAACGGGAACAGCAACAACAGCAACAGCAACAGCAACAAUAACAACAUCAAUGGCCUCGUGAAGCCGAGAAAAUCAGUCUCGGAUUCGAUUUAUGGCAUGGGCGAGGGCAACGGAUGGAACGACAGCGUUCGCACCGUGGAAGAGCUCCAGCAGAAGGAGCAGAGUAAACAAGAGGCAGCGCUCAAGCGCGAGAGGGCCCUGGCAUACGCCUUCUCACAUCAGCUAUGGAGGGGCAGCCCCAAGGACAGUUCGCAACUCUUCAUCGACUGCGAGCCCGACAAGCCUCACUGGGGCUGGAGCUGGCUCGAGAGGUGGAUGGCCGCGCGACCGUGGGAGAAUCGGGCCAAUGACAGCAAGGACCCGCUGGAGGAUGCGUCCGGGCACAGCACGGAUGCCGAGAGCACGAAGAUUGUGGAGAUCGACAACGUGAAGCAGAAUUCGAGCAAGCAGCGCAGCGGAGGAGGAGGAGGAGGAUCGGUUCCCAUGUCGGGCCCCAUCUCGAGCGGCCACCAGCAGUACCUGGCUCAGCGCGACCGCCCUCUCGUGGCCGUGUCGGGCCCUCUGUCGAGCGGAGGAAAUCCGCACUACCACCAUCACUCGGACCACUCGCAUUCGCACUCGCACUCGCUCUACUCGAGCGGCAAUGGGCACAACCACCACAAUGGGUACAAUCACAGCCACUACGACAUCCCCAGCACGCCCGUGCAGAAGACCAUGAACGGCGCAAUGCACCCUCUGUCGCCUCUGCCGCCGCCACUGAACCACAAGAGCAUGAGCAUGAGCAUGAGCAUGUCCAUGCCCAGCCACCCUGUGCUGCGGUCCGGCAGCCCCCGACGGGCGCCCCGGCGAGACGAUGAAGACACGAGCACGGCAUCGACCACGAACAGAAGCACGCCGAGCUUGCUCUCGACGGGUCAGCGAUUCGGCACGAGGUAUAGCCUGGCCAGCAUGGCGGGAUCGAUUCGAGAUGAUGAAAGCUUGGCCAGCUCUCCGGCCGUGCCCAACUACAUGCAGAUCACGCAGUCCGCUCGGGCCAAGGUCAGGUCUCACAGCACGCCCAAGCAGAGGCCUGGAACUCCCGAGAAGGAUUUGACGCCUGCCAAGAAGAGGCUGUCGUUUCCGAUUUCGGAGAAUUCCAUCAACCAGUCCGGGCCCGUGUCGAGGACUCAGAAGAUGUCGUUCUAUUCCGUCAGAAGUCCCAGCUUGAAGGGCAUGUCGGGACCGGUGAACAUCGAGAGAUUUACGAUGCCUCCUUCGAGGGACAACUAUCUGGGAGACCCUGCCCUCUCUCUUAACGGAAGUGCCGGAGAUCCAAGGAAAGCGCCUUUCAGGCUUGAAUCACGAGGUCAAAGUAAGGUUUUAAGUUUAAUCACCACUACAUUGUGACAUGCGUACACCAUGCUAUCGCUGAUGGAAAGCCAGCCUGAGAACCGACGUCCACAACGACCAGCAUCUGCAUCUCACUUGUCCAAGCUACCGAACGUUUGAAUUAAGCUUCAGAGCCGGUUGUAUAUAUUCCACUGCAGAAAUAUCCGCCUUCAUAGGAUUUUCAUUCCUCCAAAUCACCCAGACCAGGCAGACAUAUUCGCUACCGCACGCAGCAGCACACGUUUCACUUGUAGGGAUUGUUUCCGUCAUCUCCUCAUGCCUACCCUCCCUGAAAGCCGUGGAUCAGUUUCUUCUCUAAGUGCUCGGACCUCCUUUUAAGUAGUCAGGACGCCAAGACCAGCCCAUUUGCGAAAUGUCAACCCGACAUGCUCUCUGUUCUUACAUGCGAUCGCCGACCUUCGGAUUAUAUUGGUGCUGACCAGCUGGAGUAUGUUGGUCUAGAGUCGAUCUUGCCGUAGAAUGGGGCCGGGCUUAUUGUUAGGCUCUCUACUGCUAAGACGUACGUGUAUUUACUGAAGCCCCGUCCCCUCCUUCCCCUGCGCGCAAUGUACACGUCCAGGCGCCGGACUCCAGACAGGAUUAAAGGUCAACGCUCGGCUCAGUCUUCCUCGUCAAGGACAACUACCAUCACGGAACAGUGCAGGACUGCAGACGUACCAUAGCAGCACGGCACAUUUUCAGGAGAGACGGAGGACGGAGGUGUGAAGCUUCGUGCUGGAAUGACUUCCGUCAGACAGACAGCUAACGAUCUGCACUCCACCGAAUGGGUCUACAGUCGGCACCGGGGGCCAGGUCGAGCACGCAUGACACCUAGAUGUGACAGCACACUGGGCCAAAUUUUCUGAUUAUACCCCCCUCAGUCUACUACAGGGGAGCUUGAUGACAUCUGACCCAGGGUUUUGACAGCCGUACACGAGAGCCCUACAGAAGGGAGUACAGCGUUGUUUGGCCAUUCUCAAUGGCCAUGCUCUUUGGUAUAGGUCUAGCUAGCAGUAUCGGUUUUAACUUGGUCAGAAAUCAAAUCAGAUCAGAGCAGUGCCCGUGACUUACUCGUUGUACGCAUACAUACAUUCUUCUUCACAUCGCCUCGUUGAUCCUUUAAUUUGUCUGAAAUAAAACGUACCUCGAUCUUCAGUGU